AUGGUGCGCAACAUCUUUCUGGGUGUGGAAACGCGCGAGGUUGUGGACCGUCUAGAGCAGUGCAACGGUAACGUGCUGGUGGUGGUGAGUGGUUUGACGAACGAGAUGUAG